UCAGCCAUGAGAGCGGUCGUGCUUGCGUUGACCCUGGCCCUUGUGGCUGGUGAACCUCAUAACCUUGCUCCUGAGUUUGCUGCUGGCAGGACUUAUGUUUACAAGUAUGAGACGUUGCUCCUGGGUGGUUUGCCUGAGGAGGGUUUGGCAAAAGCCGGGGUCAAAAUCAGCAGCAAAGUUCACAUCAGUGCCGAAGCUGAAAAUGUAUACCUGCUGAAGCUUGUGGAACCUGAAAUCUUUGAGUUAAGUGGCAUCUGGCCCAAGGAUCCUUUAAUCCCAGCAACCAAACUGACUUCAGCCCUGGCAGCUCAGCUCAUGACUCCCAUCAAGUUUGAGUAUAUCAGUGGUGCUGUUGGGAAAAUGUUCGCCCCUGAAGGAGUCUCCACAAUGGUGCUUAACGUUUACAGAGGUAUCCUGAAUGUUCUUCAGCUAAACAUCAAGAAGACACACAACGUCUAUGAGUUGCAGGAGGCUGGAGCUCAGGGUGUGUGCAAGACCCUCUAUGCUAUCGCUGAAGAUGAAAAGGCUGAACGCAUCCUUUUGACAAAGACAAGGGAUCUGAACCACUGUCAGGAGAGGAUCAUGAAGGACAUGGGGUUGGCAUAUACUGAGAAAUGUGCCAAGUGUCAGGAGGAUUCAAAGAACCUAAGGGGAACCACAGCAUAUAACUACAUCCUGAAGCCAGCUGCUAGCGGCAUUGUAAUCCUUGAGGCAGCUGUCAAUGAGCUAAUCCAGUUCUCACCUUUCACUGAGAUGAAUGGAGCUGCUCAGAUGCAGACCAAGCAAUCCUUGGUGUUCCUUGAGAUCCAGAAGGCCCCAAUUGUACCAAUCCAAGUUCAAUAUUUUCACCGUGGAUCUCUGAAGUACGAGUUCUCCACCGAGCUCCUUCAGACACCCAUCCAGCUCAUCAAGAUCAACAAUGUGCAGACCCAGAUUGUAGAGACUCUGAACCAUCUGGUCAGCCACAAUGUGGAGAGAGUUCACGAGGAUGCCCCUCUUAAGUUUUUGGAACUCAUUCAGCUCCUCCGUGCAGCCCGCUUUGAAGACCUGGAAAUGCUCUGGAGCAAGUACAGAACAAGACCAGCCUACAGACAGUGGAUCUUGGAUGCCAUCCCCGUCAUUGGAACUCCUGCAGCUCUGAGGUUCAUCAAGGAGAAAUUCUCAGCUGAUGAGUUGACUGUUGCUGAAGCAGCUCAGGCUUUGAUUGCAUCCAUUCACAUGGUGACAGCAAGCACUGAGGCCAUCAAGCAGGUUGAGGCCCUGGCAGCUAACAACAAAAUAGUGGAAAGCCCAAUUCUGCGUGAGAUUGUCCUCCUUGGCUAUGGUACCAUGAUUUCCAAGCACUGUGUUGAAAUGGCUGUCUGCCCUGCUGAACUCAUCAAGCCCAUCCUGGACCUCCUUGCAGAAGCUAUUGCUAAAACUGACACGCAGGAAAUCAGCUUACUCCUGAAGGUUUUGGGUAAUGCUGGCCAUAUUUCUAGCCUUAAACCAAUCACAAAGAUCCUGCCUAUCCAUGGCACUGCAGCUGCUUCUCUUCCAAUAAAAGUCCAUGCUGAUGCCAUCAUGGCUCUGAGGAACAUUGCAAAGAAGGAGCCCAGAAUGAUCCAAGAACUGGCUCUUCAGCUGUACAUGGACAAGGCUCUUCACCCUGAGCUGCGUAUGCUUGCAUGUAUCCUGCUGUUUGAGACAAGGCCUGCCAUGGGUCUGGUGACAACUCUUGCCAACAUUGUGAAGCAAGAAGAGAAUCUGCAGGUCGCAAGUUUCACCUACUCACACAUGAAGUCCCUGACCAGAAGCACUGCUGCUAUUCAUGCUUCAGUUGCUGCAGCUUGCAACGUCGCUCUCAAGAUCUUGAGCCCAAGGCUGAACAGACUGAGCAUGCGUUUUAGCAAAGUUUUCCAUGUGGACAGCUAUUACAGUCCCUUGAUGAUUGGUGCUGCUGCCAGCGCUUUCUACAUCAAUGAUGCUGCCACCCUUCUGCCCAGAUCUUUUGUGGCAAAGACCAGCGCCUACCUUGCUGGAGCUGCUGCUGAUGUUCUGGAGGUUGGAGUCAGAACUGAGGGACUCCAGGAGGCUCUUCUGAAAAACCCUGCACUCCUCGACAAUGCCGACAGGCUGACCAAGAUGAAGCGUGUCAUUAAGGCUCUCUCUGAGUUGAGGUCUCUACCCACCAGAACACCUCUGGCCUCUGUCUCCAUUAAAUUCUUCGGACAGGAAAUUGCCUUUGCCAACAUUGACAAAUCCAUAAUUGAACAGGCCAUUGCGCUUGCCACUGGCCCCUCUGUGCAAACAUUUGGUGAGAAUGCCAUCAAGGCUCUGCUGUCUGGUGCUUCCUUCCAUGUUGCUAAGCCUCUGCUGGCCACUGAGGUGAGGCGUAUCCUGCCUACUGCUGCUGGUCUCCCAAUGGAGCUCAGUCUGUACACUGCUGCUGUGGCUGCCGCAGCUGUCCAAGUCAAGGCCACCACAACACCAGCUCUACCGGAAAACUUCCUUCUGGCUCACCUUCUGAAGACAGACAUUCAGCUUGAGACUGAGAUCAAACCAAGUGUUGCUGUGAACACAUUUGCUGUGAUGGGUGUUAACACUGCCAUACUCCAGGCUAUGCUGAUUUCAAGAGCUAAACUGAACUCGAUUGUGCCAGCCAAGAUCGCUGCAAGACUUGACAUCAAUGAAGGUCACUUUAAGAUCGAAGCUCUGCCUGUUUCUGUGCCUGAACAAAUUGCAGCUGUGCAUGUUGAGACUCUUGCUGUGGCAAAGAACAUUGAGGAUCUUGCUGCUGCAAGAAUCACUCCCAUCAUCCCUGAGAAAGUCUUGAGGCCUUUCUCAAGGGAGAUUCUCUCUUCUAAGAUUGAAUCUGCUGCUGCUAGCUUUUCACAAUCCUCAGAGAUCACUGAGCAAGAUGAAAUUGUGAAAACCAAAGCCACUCAGUAUGAGAAGAAGUACUGUGCUAAAGUUGUUGCCAUUGGACUGAAGAGCUGUUUCAAGGUGGCCACCAACAAUGCCGCUUUCAUCAGGGACAUUGCCCUUUACAAACUGGCUGGAAAGCAUUCUGUGAGUCUUUCUCUGACACCAAUUGAAGGGGAAGUCAUUGAGAGACUGGAGAUUGAGGUUCAAGUUGGACCAAAGGCUGCAGAGAAGCUUAUCAAACAGAUCAAUCUGAGCGAAGAAGAAAUCAUUGAGGGCAGACCACUCUUGAUGAAGCUGAGGAAGAUCCUGGCUCCUGGGCUGAGGAAUCGCACCUCAUCCUCCUCUUCUAGCUCAAGCAGCUCUCGCUCAAGUCUGAGCUCCAAGUCCUCUUCCAGCUCUUCAUCUCGCAGCAGCAGCAGCAGCAGCAGCAGCAGCAGCAGAAGCAGCCUCAGGAGCAGCCUCAGGAGCAGCAGCAGCAGCAGCAGCAGCAGAGUCAGCUCCUCCAGAUCUGUGAACAGACCUUCUUCCAGGACCAGCUCCGCAUCUAGCCUUGCAUCACUCUUCAGUGCUAGCUCAAGCUCCUCUCGCUCCAGUGCUCGUGUCUCAAUGAGAGUGGCUUAUCCCCACAAGUUCCAGAAGGACCACAAGAAGCAGAUUCUCACUUCUCAAGCAGCAUUACUUUCCAAGAGCAGGAGCAGUGCCGCAAGCUUUGAGGCCCUAACCAAACAGAACAAAUUCCUUGGCAAUGAAGCACCUCCUGCCUUUGCCAUCAUCAUCCGUGCUGUCAGAGCUGACAAUAAGGUGAUGGGAUACCAGCUGGCAGUGUACUUGGACAAACCUUCCACCAGACUUCAGAUUAUUCUGGCUGCCUUGGCUGCCGACAACAACUGGAAGCUCUGUGCUGAUGGAGCUCUGCUUAGCAAGCACAAAGUCACUGCUAAAGUCAGCUGGGGAGCAGAAUGCAAACAGUACGACACCAUGAUCACAGCUGAGACUGGUCUUGUUGGUCCAAGCCCCGCAGCUCGCGUCAGAGUUGCCUGGAGAGACCUCCCUUCUGCCAUGAAACGCUAUGCAAAGAAGGUGUAUGACCUCAUUCCUGCCAACCUGGUGCCUGGCUUGAUUAAAGGAAAGGACGAAAACAGCGCCAAUCAGCUAUCACUGGCAGUGAUUGCCACAUCGGACAAGACCAUUGACUUGAUUUGGAAAUCACCAACACGUACUGUCUAUAAGCUGGCUUUGCAUCUUCCCUACCCUCUGCCACUUAAUGGAAUCAAAGGUCUCACCCCCUUUGAUGGCUUAGCUGAUCAAGUCCACUUCUUGUUUGCGAAGGCUGCCGCAGCCGAGUGUAGCUUCAACAGAGACACACUGACCACAUUCAAUGGCAGGAAAUACAAGAACGAGAUGCCACUGUCUUGCUACCAAGUUCUGGCACAGGAUUGCACUGAUGAACUGAAGUUCAUGGUUCUGCUGAAGAGGGAUCACGCUGAACAGCACCACAUCAACGUGAAAAUUGCUGACAUUGAUAUUGACCUGUACCUGAAGAACACUGACGUGAUUGUGAAGGUCAAUGGAAUGGAAAUACCCAUCAACAACCUGCCUUACCAGCAUCCUACAGCCAAAAUCCAGAUGAGACAAACAGGUGAGGGCAUCUCUGUGUUCGCUCCCAGCCUUGGUCUUCACGAAGUCUACUUUGACAGGAACUCAUGGACGGUUAAAGUUGUGGACUGGAUGAAGGGACAAACCUGUGGACUCUGUGGAAAGGCUGAUGGGGAAGUCAAACAGGAAUACCACACACCCAACGGACGCGUGACCAAGAGCGCAGUCACUUAUGCUCAUUCCUGGGUUCUGCCCGCCGAGAGCUGUAGGGACACCACUGAGUGCCGUAUGAAGCUUGAAUCUAUGCAGCUGGACAAACAGGUGAACAUUCAUGGCCAGGAAUCCAAAUGCUACUCUGUUGAGCCCGUGCUGCGCUGCCUGCCCGGCUGCUUCCCUGUCAAGACCACCUUUGUCACCGUCGGCUACCACUGCAUGCCUGCUGACACUACCCUGAACCUCUCUGAGGGUCUGAGCAGCAUCUACGAAAAAAGCGUCGACCUGAGGGAAACAGCAGAAGCCCACGUGUCCUGUCGCUGCACCGCUCAGUGUGCUUAACAUCAUUGCCUUCAGCCAUGAAUACUCAAAUAAAUAUCAGUAGCAUCAA